AUGAAUGAAGAGCUACUAUCGAAAGACCCAUUAAAUAAAAUAAUAUCCAAACUGAAAGGUGAUUCAACCAUUCGUUAUAUAACUUUUAAUGUCAAUGGAGUGAAAACAAUAUUCAAUUAUCAUCCUUGGAAUCAAUUGAAAAAUAAUAAAGAUUUUAAUACCUUAUUUAAUUUAUUACAAGCAGAUAUUAUCACUUUACAAGAAUUAAAAUUAACAGAAACAUCACUUCAACAACAAAUGAGUCAACUUGUUCAUUUAUCUGAUUAUAAAUCAUUUAUUAGUAUUCCUGUGACUAAAAAAGGAUAUAGUGGUGUUGGAUUAUUUAUUAGAAAUCCUAAAUCAAAUGAAAAUAAGAAACAUCGCAAACAUUUGACAGUCAUAAAGGCAGAAGAAGGUAUAACUGGAUGGUUACCAUCCUCUUCUUCUUCUUCUUCUUCUUCUGCAAAUAAAAUACCGUAUAGAGAAUCUGCCAAUAAUAUUGGUGGAUAUACAGACAUUGAAAAAUUACCUGGAUUGCAUUUAGAUAGUGAAGGAAGAUGUGUUUGUGUUGAACUUGCCGAUAAUACAGUAAUUUUUGCAGUUUAUUGUCCUGCUAAUUCACAAUGUACUUAUGAAGGAGAAUUAUUUAGAUUAACAUUUAUCAAACUUUUAUUACAACGAUGUUAUAAUUUAGUUAAAUUAUAUCCCAAAAAAAAAAUUGUUAUUAUGGGAGAUAUAAAUAUUGCUAUAGAUAUGAUAGAUCAUGCCGAAACUAUUGAAUUAGGAAUUAAAGAAAAUUUACUAAAACCAUCGUUUAGAGGUCAUAAUUUUGAAGUUUUGAAUUAUGAAAAUUGUGUUUCAUUUAGAACUGCUACUGAAGCAAGAAAAUUAUUAAAUAAAUAUGUCAUAAGAUCAAUAUGGCAAGAUUUGAAAAAUGAAAAAAACCCCAACCAAAAAGAAAGAGAGAAAGAAGAACCAUUUUUAUAUGAUACUACAAGAUUAGUACAAGGUCGACGAAUGAAAAUGUACACUGUAUGGAACACAUUAACUAAUGCACGUCAAAUAAAUCAUGGGUCAAGAAUAGAUCUUAUACUUUUUAGUGAUGAAAAAAUGGUACAAAGAAUAUCUAAUGCUGAUAUAUGGCCAUUUUUAAUGGGUUCUGAUCAUUGUCCAGUAUUUACAGAUUGUGAUAUGAGUGAUGAGGAUGACGAUGAGGAUGAGGAUGAGGAUGAGGAUGAGAACGAGGACGGUAACAAAACCGGUGUUGAUCUUAUUGAACAACCCAAAUUAUCAUUUGAAGCUAAAAAUCAUUUCAAAAUCAAUAAAGUUAGAGACAUUACAAGUUUCUUUGGAAGUAAAAGACAAAAACUACAAUAA